UGUGAAAAGGACAAAAUGUUUCCACCUUUAGCGUUACUCAUCGCACUGUUGGCCGUAUUAUUUAUUCUGCCCGCUGACUCCCGGCGGCACCAAGGCCUGUACACGCACCAUCUCGAGGAUGGUGCCGCGGCGCUGGUGGUGCCUCGAAAGGUAAACCAUCGCGGAGAAACCAUCACGCAUGUCUUAACACAUCAUCACGAGCCAGCGCCCGGAGACGGCGACCGGAGACGGCGCCGCCGCAGCGCACCGGAAAGCAUUCCUUCGCAGCAGCAGCUCUUGCAGUACCAGAUCGACGUCGACGGAGACGAAACACUCCACCUGGAACUCGAACCAUCGACGGCUUCGUUUGUAGCGCCUUUAAUGGUGGUGGAGCGCCAUCGACGCGACGUCCGGACGCGGGUUCAUCCGAAGAAGCACAUCAACUGUCACUAUCAAGGCCAGAUCCGAGGUCACGACCAGUCGCGAGUGGCGCUAUCCGCGUGCAACGGACUGGCGGGCGUGUUGCGAACGAACCGGACCGAGUACUGGAUUGAACCGUCCAAAAACCAUCACCCACGGCGGAACGGAGAGCAUCCGCACGUGCUGUUCAAGCGGGCCGACGUCAAAGACACGCCAACCAAGAAGAAUGCAAAGUCGGCGGCGGCGACGGCGGCGGGCAAGAAGCGGAAACGUAAGCGCAAGAAACGGCACCUCAGCAACUGCGGCACCAAAGAGCCGCGCCGGCUGACGGAAACGCGGCUAGAAUGGCAACACCAGGGCAAGGUCCUCGUGCAAGGCGGUCGCAAGACGCGGAGCCAUCCCGCUGCUGAAUCGGGCGAAGCCCAGCAGGGAGGCCAUCCGACCGAGUCGAGAGGCCGCGGUCGGCGGAUAAAACGAUCCAUUAGCAAGCCGCGCCACGUCGAGGCGCUCGUCGUGGCCGACCACUCGAUGGUGCUGUUCCACCAGGACGUCGAUCUGCAGCAGUAUCUGCUGAUGAUCAUGAAUAUGGUCUCGUCGCUGUACAAGGACCCCACGAUCGGGAACUCCAUCCAGGUGGCCGUGGUGAAGAUCAUCAUUCUCGAGGAGGAGGACUCGCACGCCGACUUCAACGUCACGCACAUGGCCGGCAACACGCUGGAGAACUUUUGCCGCUGGCAGAGAAAUCUUAAUCCCAAGCCGGACGAGGAUCCGCACCACCACGACGUGGCCAUUCUGGUGACGCGGAAGAACAUCUGCUCCAACCACGGGUGCGCCACGCUCGGCGUAGCGAACGUAGGAGGCAUGUGUCGGCCGGACAAAUCGUGCAGUGUGAACGAGGACAACGGCAUCACGCUGGCGCACACGAUAUCACACGAGCUGGGCCACAACUUCGGCAUGUACCAUGAUACGGCCAAAACGGGGUGCGAUCACCGGAUCGGCCCCAUCCUGCACAUCAUGACGCCCAGCUUCGAAGCAGACACGAUGCAAGUAUCGUGGUCGAACUGUAGCCGCCGCGACAUCACCCACUUCCUGGACCAGGGUCUCGGCAAGUGCCUCGAGGAUGCGCCCAGCCAGGAGGAGUACGAGUACCCGGAGCUGCCACCGGGCGCCAUGUACAACGCGGACCUGCAGUGCCGGUUGCAGUUCAACUCGACCGACGAGGAAAUGACCGUGUGCUCGAAGCUGGACGAGAUUUGCACGCAGCUCUGGUGCCUGGUGGGUGAAGUGUGCACGACGAUGCUGCGACCGGCCGCCCCGGGGACGAACUGUGGCCGCCGGAUGUGGUGCCAGAACCAGCAGUGCGUCGAAGUCGAGGAGCUACCGGCCCCGGUCGAUGGCGGGUGGGGCGAUUGGAGCGCCUGGAGCGAGUGCUCACGAUCCUGCGGCUUCGGCAUUGCCAAACAGACGCGCGAAUGCGACCACCCUUCACCGGCCCACGGCGGAACGUUUUGCAUCGGAGAACGGGCGCGCUACAAAACGUGCCACCUGCAGCCGUGUGCCCUCGGCAGUCCCAGCUUCCGGGCGGCGCAAUGCUCGUCGCACGAUAACGACACGAUCAAGGGCGAUCGGUACACUUGGUUGCCGUAUUUCGACAAAAAUGAACCGUGCGAGCUGUACUGUAGCAACGCGGAGGAUACCAUGAUCGUCCCGUUCGGCGACACGGCAGCCGACGGAACACCGUGCAAUCUCGGCACGAAUGAUAUGUGCAUCGGGGGAAUCUGCCGGCGGGUCGGGUGCGACUGGGUGGUGGACUCGAAUACGACGGAAGACCGGUGCGGUGUCUGUGGCGGUGCCGGAGACACGUGCUUCGUGAAGAAGGGCGAAAUAAUGAAGAAGAUCAACACGAGCGAGAUGGUGCAGGACGUGCUGAUGAUUCCGGUCGGCGCCAGGAACGUGCUGAUCGAGGAGAUGGCCGCGUCGAAAAACUUCAUCGGCGUCGGACGAUCGACGGGCAACGAAUGCUAUCUGAACUGCAAUCAUUUUAUCCAGCUUCCCGGCGAGUACGAAGUGGCCAGCAGCCUGUGUCUGUACGAGCGCGAGAACGAGAAGGAGCGCAUCAAAAUACCCGGACCGAUCAUGGAGGAUGUGAACAUCUUCAUCAUAGUUAAGAAGAAAAAUAACCACGUUGGAAUCCGGUACGAAUAUACGCUCCCAUCGAACACGGCCAACAAUCAGUCCAUCUACUACUGGAAGCUCUCGGAGUGGUCCGUUUGCUCCGCGACAUGUGGCGGAGGCCAGCAGUACCGCGAGUCGCUGUGUUACCACCGUGGCAAGGGUCCCGUCAAGGAUGAGCUUUGCAUUCGGCACGCUUUCGGCAAGCCACUCGAGCGCGUUGGCCGCGGCUGCAACGACGAUCCGUGUCCGUUCAAUUGGUGGGUUGGUCCGUGGCAACUUUGUCUAAAGUCCUGUCGCAAGCCCGACGAGCCCGUGCCGGCUCGUCGGCGCUCGAUCCUAUGCGUGGACAGCAACUCGAACGCACGUCCCGAUGCGUACUGCAACUACACGGCCCGCCCGACGGACAGCGAGCCCUGUGACGAGGAAAUGCCACUGUGCGGACAGGAAGCGAGCGGUAAAAGCGAUCCGGUGACCGAACGAACGGAUACUCCCGCGCCACCGGAGCAGGAUACGACCGUGGCCGAGCUGCCGUCGCCCUCGACACCGGCCGACUACGAAGUGAGCAACGUCAUCUGAAGCUGCGACCCGUUGCGCCACCGAGAACCGGAGGGUACUGCAUAUGUUAUAUUAACAUCCUUUGUAGUGCUGCUGCUCGUCACGCUCCUGUACUGGACGCUGGUGCCGUGAGACGGGGCCGCAAGAAGAGCCACUGCUUUCCUUCAGUACAAACCACGCUAU